AUGGACGAAGGGAGGCCGGGUAAAGAGCGGUGCUGGGGCAGCGACUCGGCACCAUUGGCGUGGCCGCUGGUGAAACAAGCGGGCCACGGACUGGGAGGCGCAAGGAUAGACGACUGGUCACCCGUCAGCAGCAAACGAGGGUGCCGGCCGGGGGUAGCGAGAGCGCGAAACAGGAGACACUUGGUGCAGCAGAGGUUGGAUGCCGGCAAGCAAGCAAGCAAGCAAGCAAGCAAGCAAACGUCGACGGACGAAAUUGCAGCAGGCGCUUCUUUUUUGGCGAGGACGAGGCUGGCUGGGCUGCUUGGUCCAGUGACGCGGCUGCUUACUCAUAACACUAUCUGGACGUCGAUGAAGAAGAAGAAGACGACGACGACGACGAAGAAGAAGAAGAAGAAGAAGAAGAAGAAGACGAAGACGAAGACGAAGACGAAGAACGACACGACAUCACAAGGCAGCAAAGAGAGGGUGAUAUGUUGGUUGGUUGAUAGCAGUUGA